AUUUACUUUGGAUGGGUGCAUGAAUGCUUUGGAAUAGUAUGUUUAAAUAAUUUUUUAAUAUAAUCCUUUUUAUUUUAUUAUAGACCCAAACAAAAAAAAAAAUGGACAAAAACAAGAAACCAUCAAAAAAGUACCGAACACCAGCACCACAAAUCGAGGAUUCUUCCUCUGAUAAGAAAGAAAGCUCACCAGAUUCUUCAAUCUCCAGUUAUUUCACCGCCGCCUCCACCUCAGCAGAGGCCCAAAGUGUCCAAAAGUCAAUCAUCACAUAAGAAAAGAAAAUCAAAAAAGAAGCUUUUGUCUGAAAAGAGACUACGGGAAUCCUCCGAAGAGGAUAUGUCCGAAAAAACAAACAUAUCCAGAAGUCCCAGUUCAGAAUAUAUACCAUCCCUACAUUCUGAAGAGGAAUCGGAGGAGAGUUCGAGUCCCGCAUGUGUCUCCCAGGAUAGGCUUCCCAAAGAGCCUGAAUCACGUCCCGAGCAUCAGCCAAAAAGAGGAAGAGGAGGCCUCAUUGUCCGUGGCAGAGGACGUGGUCGUGUUGGCGCCAGGCCCGGGCGGGCGAAUAUUGAAGAGGGGCAGGAUGUGCCUGAGGUGUUAAUUGAUGAUAAUCUCCUCAUCGCCAUGGUGGAGGCACGUCCUGCCCUUUGGGAUUCGUCUGACCCAAAACAUGCUAGGCGCCAAUACUGCCAGGCUCUUUGGGAAGAGGUAUACAGAGGAAUCUGUAAUUCCUGGGAGGACCUUUCAGAAGCCAAUGGAUGGUUCAUUGGGAAACAGAUCAAACAACAUUGGACAUCGAUCAGGGACCGGCACAUGCGGGACUUAAGAGAGGAGGAACAAAGGCCAAGUGGGUCGGGGGCCUACACGAAGACCCCCUACAUAUAUCGGCCACUCCUCGGAUUCCUCAACAAGGUUCACAAAAUCAGGAAAACACAGUCGAGUCUGAGGCCAACUAAUCAGCCAACAGAACCGGAUCCUCCAGCCUCCCCCACCGUCCCUGUCCCAGACCCCAACACUGCUGAUCAGGGACAAGAACAUUCUCCCCUACCAGUGUCCUCAUCAUCCAGACCAAAUCGCCAGAGGAUUGAAAAAUCCUUUGGAGAUUUGAUCCGGCCGGUGAGGACCGGUAGGAGAAAGUAGGAGAUGAUGGAAAAUCUCAUUAAGCUCACAAAGGAGAACUUAAUGAGAUUGGAUGAUAGAGUAGAAUUCUUAAGGGAGGAGUUUUGCCGGUCACGGCAGGCGGGGGGCAGGGCUGUCAACUGGUCCCCCUUCGGAUUCUCUACUGUAUCUCCAAAGCCUUGCUCCCAUGCUGGAGAGUUUGUCCCUAGAGAAGCAGUGUCAGUUCUGCAAGGAGUCAUUCGACAGUCUGUCUAGACUCUGCUGCCCCCCUCACACACC